AAGCGGCGAAGGAAGUGGUGGCUGCUGUAGGCUCCGGGAAGACGUUCGGGCUGGGGCUGUCGGCCGCGGGGCGGAGGCACUCGCGCGGGGGGUAACUCGGGUCUGGGUUCUGGUGCCGCGCAGCUCUCCCCGGAUUGACUUGGCCUCUACUUCUUGUUAAGAAAAUACAUCUCUUGUUUUAUCAGGUGUGUGUGGUUUCAGCGCAGCAUGGCUGUGGUCAUCCGUUUGCAAGGUCUCCCAAUUGUGGCGGGGACCAUGGACAUUCGCCACUUCUUCUCUGGAUUGACCAUCCCUGAUGGGGGCGUGCAUAUUGUAGGGGGUGAACUGGGUGAGGCUUUCAUCGUUUUUGCCACUGAUGAAGAUGCAAGGCUUGGUAUGAUGCGCACAGGUGGUACAAUUAAAGGGUCAAAAGUAACACUAUUGUUGAGUAGUAAAACGGAAAUGCAGAAUAUGAUUGAACUGAGUCGUAGGCGUUUUGAAACUGCCAACUUAGAUAUACCACCAGCAAAUGCUAGUAGAUCAGGACCGCCACCUAGCUCAGGAAUGAGUGGCAGGGUAAACUUGCCUACAACAGUACCCAACUUUAAUAAUCCUUCGCCCAGUGUAGUUACUGCUACCACUUCUGCUCAUGAAAGCAAUAAAAGUAUACAGACAUUUUCCACAGCCAGCGUAGGAACGGCUCCUCCAAAUAUGGGGGCUUCCUUUGGGAGCCCAACAUUUAGUUCAACCGUUCCAAGCACAGCCUCUCCAAUGAACACAGUCCCACCACCACCGAUUCCUCCAAUCCCAGCGAUGCCAUCUUUGCCACUGAUGCCGUCCAUUCCCCCAAUACCAGUUCCUCCUCCAGUACCUGCAUUGCCUCCCGUGCCUCCUGUGCCUCCAAUUCCCCCAGUCCCUUCUGUGCCACCCAUAACCCCAUUGCCACCCAUGUCAGGCAUGCCGCCCUUGAAUCCGCCACCUGUGGCACCUCUACCUGCUGGAAUGAAUGGCUCUGGAACACCUGUGAAUCUGAACAAUAACCUGAACCCUAUGUUUCUGGGUCCAUUGAAUCCUGUUAAUCCUAUCCAGGUGAACUCUCAAAGCAGUGUAAAGCCACUUCCCAUCAACCCUGAUGAUCUGUAUGUCAGUGUACAUGGAAUGCCCUUUUCUGCAAUGGAAAAUGAUGUUAGAGAUUUUUUCCAUGGGCUCCGUGUUGAUGCAGUGCAUUUGUUGAAAGAUCAUGUAGGUCGAAAUAAUGGGAAUGGAUUGGUUAAGUUUCUUUCCCCUCAAGAUACAUUUGAAGCUUUGAAAAGAAACAGAAUGCUGAUGAUUCAACGCUAUGUGGAAGUUAGCCCUGCCACAGAGAGACAGUGGGUAGCUGCUGGAGGCCAUAUCACUUUUAAGCAAAGUAUGGGACCUUCUGGACAAACCCAUCCCCCUCCUCAGACUCUUCCCAGGUCACAAUCGCCCAGUGGGCAGAAAAGGUCAAGGUCAAGAUCACCACAUGAGGCUGGUUUUUGUGUUUACUUGAAAGGGCUACCAUUUGAAGCAGAAAACAAACAUGUUAUUGAUUUUUUUAAAAAGUUGGAUAUUGUGGAAGAUAGUAUUUAUAUAGCUUAUGGACCCAAUGGGAAAGCAACUGGUGAAGGCUUCGUAGAAUUCAGGAAUGAGGCUGACUAUAAGGCUGCUCUAUGUCGUCAUAAACAAUACAUGGGCAAUCGGUUUAUUCAAGUUCAUCCAAUUACUAAAAAAGGUAUGCUAGAAAAGAUAGAUGUGAUUCGUAAAAGACUGCAGAACUUCAGCUAUGACCAGAGGGAAAUGAUGUUAAAUCCAGAGGGGGAUGUCAACUCUGCCAAAGUCUGUGCCCACAUAACAAAUAUUCCAUUCAGCAUUACCAAGAUGGAUGUUCUUCAGUUCCUAGAAGGAAUCCCAGUGGAUGAAAAUGCUGUACAUGUUCUUGUUGAUAACAAUGGGCAAGGUCUAGGACAGGCAGUGGUUCAGUUUAAAAAUGAAGAUGAUGCACGUAAGUCUGAACGCUUACACCGUAAAAAACUUAAUGGGAGAGAAGCUUUUGUUCAUGUAGUUACACUAGAAGAUAUGAGAGAGAUUGAGAAAAAUCCCCCUGCCCAAGGAAAAAAGGGGUUAAAGAUGCCUGUGCCAGGUAAUCCUGCAGUACCGGGAAUGCCUGGCCCGGGAAUGCCUGGCCCAGGAAUGUCCGGCCCGGGAGUGCCCGGCCCGGGACUGCCUGGCGCGGGAGUGCCCGGCCCGGGAAUGCCCGGCCCGGGAAUGCCUGGUGCAGGAAUGCCCAGCGUGGGCAUGCCCGGCGCGGGAAUGCCUGGUGCAGGAAUGCCCAGCGUGGGCAUGCCCGGCGCGGGAAUGCCUGGUGCAGGAAUGCCUGGUGUGGGAAUGCCCAGUGCAGGAGGUGAAGAGCAUGCCUUCCUGACUGUAGGGUCAAAGGAGGCCAACAAUGGGCCUCCAUUUAACUUUCCUGGUAAUUUCGGUGGGUCGAAUGCCUUUGGGCCACCCCUCCCUCCUCCAGGAUUAGGAGGGGCCUUUGGUGAUGGUAGGCCUGGUAUGCCUUCAGUUGGAAACAGUGGUUUGCCUGGUCUAGGACUGGAUGUUCCAGCUUUUGGAGGUGGACCAAAUAAUUUAAGUGGGCCAUCAGGAUUUGGAGGGGGCCCUCAGAAUUUUGGAAAUGGCCCUGGUAGCUUAGGUGGCCCGCCUGGGUUUGGAAGUGGCCCUCCUGGUCUUGGAAGUGCCCCAGGGCAUUUGAGUGGGCCACCAGCCUUUGGGCCUGGGCCUGGACCUGGGCCUGGGCCAAUCCAUAUUGGUGGUCCCCCUGGCUUUGGAUCUAGUUCUGGAAAACCAGGACCAACAGUAAUUAAAGUGCAGAACAUGCCCUUUACUGUGUCUAUUGAUGAGAUUUUAGAUUUCUUUUAUGGCUAUCAAGUAAUUCCAGGCUCAGUGUGUUUAAAAUACAAUGAAAAAGGUAUGCCUACAGGCGAAGCCAUGGUGGCCUUUGAAUCUCGGGAUGAAGCCACAGCUGCUGUCAUUGACUUAAAUGACAGGCCUAUAGGCUCAAGAAAAGUAAAACUUGUAUUAGGGUAGUUGUUCACAUCAAUUCUUUAUAAGGUAGAUAUUCAUAUUGCUGUGAUUAAUGCAUCCAGAUUGUUUUCCUAGUAUUUCCAGGUUAGAACCUGUGGAUUAAAUUGCAUAUAGAUUGGUUUCCGUAACACAGAGCAUUGGUUGACAGUUUACAGAAGACUCACUACCUGGAUAAACAUUGCUGUAUGUUACAGUACAGCUAUCUGGAGAGAACACGAAAAUGAUUUUGGCAUACCAUUAGAGAAACUAUUUGUAAAACUCAAAUGACCACAUAAAGCUUAUCAAGGAGUCUAGAUUGGUUUUGUUUUAUAUCAUAUGGGAUAAAGAAAAUAGAAAUGCCAGUAGAGCUCAUUGAGGGUGCUCUUGCCAGCUGCUGAAAAAUAGAAGUUGGCUACUCUUGAAAUUUGGCUUAAAGCUGGACAGAUUUGCUUUGUUAUAGGGUCAAAGCUUUGUCUAAAGUCCUCUUUUCCUUUUAAAAUUGAAUAAAAUCUCUGUAUACAGAUUCAUUGUAUGUACCUUUAUUGCUUCCUGAGGGUUCUCACUGUACAGACAGUUCUGCUUCAGAAGUUGCUGCUUUAUUUGCCUAAUUGACUCAAUUUGUAAAUGGGCAGAGCUGUUUUGUUUUCUUUUUCUAAAUAUAAAACUCCACACUUGGUUUGUGCUUUAACCUUGAAUUUUGAUUUCUAAUGUCACACUUAAAACUGUGUGGAAUAAGACUUUUGCCAUAAAAAUAAACUAUGGAGUCCUCUAAGAGCCUUUUUGGUUUGACCGCCAAGUUUUAGUUUAGUCAGUUUAAAAAUUGUUUAUGCUGUUCAGAUGGCAUCGAAAACCAGAAACCACUUUUAAUAAUCAGUGUUUAAGAUGCUUGAUUUGAUGUCCUGUCCAUAAUGGACUAAUUGUUUUGCAAUUUUCUUCUGUCCCAACUUAUGUGAAAUUUUGCCUUUAAGUAAACAAAGGGGUCCACUUAUAAGAAAGAGUAUUAUAUCUAGGUUUUUAAAACUGAUGUUGAAAUUGUUAGCUUUGUUAGCAAUAGCAUUAUGGAAUAAAGGAUCCAUAAGCUGGUACACAGAUUGAUAUGUGUUUAAUUCUGUGACUUAGAGACUUUUUGGUGUAGUUGUUUGAUCAGGAGCCUGUUUACAAAAAUUCUUCAUACAGAGUACAGUUGCAACUGCCAGAGGGGAGAGAAUUGAAACUCCUUACCCUUUCAUACUCUUUUUUGGCAUUCAGGACACUAAGGCAGGAGGACCACGUGGGUCCUGGUUGGUACGUGUCCUUGUCAUAAAUUUGCCUUACAAUGUCCUGGUCACUGCCACAAAAGGCGCUACUUAGGGUUACUUUCCUCCUUAGUUAAAAUGUUCUAAAGAUGUGUCACGGUGUAUUGUAAACGUACUGAAUGGAGAUUGGUGAGAUAUCAUGAAAAACAAAUUUUGUCUUUUACAUGGCCCUCUUGCCUUGGUUUGAAAUAUUCCCAACAUUUCCUACAAAUCAAUGUAAUUUCAAAGUGGUCAGCCUUUUAAAAGAAGUAUUUCCUAUUAAAAAUAUGUAUGUAGUGCUUUUUGGUGUUGCAAGUCAGUGGAACACUGAAAUACAGUAUUGUAAUUUAGGAUUAAGAGUGGCAACAGUUUCAUUUGUGUGAUAAGAUUUAGAAAAGCCUUUUUAUCACUGCAAUCUUAGAGGAUUGACAGUACAGGAUUUUUUGUUUAGGGAAAGGAUUGCUUAGACUUUCAAAGAACUGGUGGCUGCAUUGUGGGUCUUUUGAUAAUACACGAAUACAGAUUUGCUUUUAACAGAUCACUAGAUAUUGCCUCCUCAACUUAAAAAGCAAUAUGUUUGUAUAUGUUGUUCAAUUUAAGUUUUCUGUUCAGUAAUCAUUUCUUAUUCCAAAGACAGAAGGCAAAAAACUUCAGCACUGCUGCUUGGGAGUCUUAUUUCAACACAGAUUAUUUUCCCCGUUGGAAAGCUGACUAAUUUCAUUUUAGCAAAAUGAGUUGUUAGAAGAUGAAAGUCUUUUUACCUUUUUUCCAAUUUAUUUUGGUUCUAUGUUAGUACAUUCUUAUUAAAUAUUUCAUACACUUUAUUGCAACUACUUUGUUAUUUCUACAUUUGAGGUAAAUGCUGAAAAGGAAAACUUGAUUUCAUUGUUCAUUGAAUUUAAAUAAAUUAAUAGUGGUUUGUGUAGAAAUUGGAGAGAACUAUGUUUCAUAUUUCGUUGAAUCACAACAGUGCUUCUCGUUGUGAAAUGUAAUUAAAUGCUUUGCCCUCUGGAACUUGAUUUUUGUGUAUCUGAGACUUAUUAACAUUAGUGCUAAUGCUAAGCAUACUGUUUAUCUUGUUCUGGGUAUUGGAGUUUCAGUUUAAAAAAAAUUCUUGAAAAUAUGUUCUGUGAAACUAUUCAUACUUCUCUUCCUGCAGAUUUUCUCCUGAGAACUAGGUUUGGGGUAGAAAUGAAUUUACAUUAUUUUCUCAUUUGUUUUGUAUAGUAUGAAGGAUUUGUAAAGCUUGCUCAAAGUUGUGUGCAUUUGUAAACACUAUUAUGAUAUUUGCAAUUUUAUGUGUAAAUUUUAUUGUCUGUUUUUGGUGACUCUGACAUUCAUGGGAGAGACUCUUUUCCAUUAGGUUUAAUUUUUCCCCCUUCUUCCGAAUUUUUAUUGGUGUUUAUUUUUCUUUUCGUUUAAAGGAUUAGAGAAAGUCUACAAAUGUAUUUUAUGAAUAAGCAAAUUUGUGAAUAUUUCUGAACUUUAGUGAAACAUUUAGUUCACAAGCAUAAUUUGGAGGUGUGUUCUGUUUACACUGUAGUUUGGAUGUACAAUUAUUAUUUUUUUUUGUUUUUAAAUGCAACACAGUGUUAAGUGAAAUAUAGUUCUAGCUUUGUACUCCAAAUUGUCAAAGCAUCAACAAUGAAAAUCCCGUUAGGAAACUUUUUAUUCAGAAUUUCAGUAAUAUUCAGUUUAGCUAAGGUCAGUCUUAACCCACUGGAUGAAAAUCUAGGACUGUGUGUGGAAGUAAGCAAACAUACAUUUUUAGAUGGAGAUGGACACCUUGCAUAAAAAUAAGGAUGCAUGAAAGCCCUAGUCAAACUCACAUCCCUUUUACUGGAUUCUGUGAUUGUAUACAGGUGUGGGUCAAGUGUGUAAAAAUAAAAUCCAUUCAUCAGUUUUAAGAACACUUGAAAAACGAGUAAAGAAAAUGUAAAAUUGCUGCUCGUCAAAUCUUUUGGAAAGAAUUUCUGGCAGUGAUCACUUUAAAAAUUAUCUCCCACCCUUGCAAGAUUGCCACACUUAAAUUGUUUUACUGGCAGUUCUAUAAUAGUCCAAAUUUUAGAAACUAAACACAAUAAAAUGGCUCAUUGCCAGCAUAUACUGCCUUGGCAUCAUUCAGCAGAGGUUUUUGUUUAUAAAGAUGAAGUCUUGAAUACUGUUCAAUAAACUUGUCGCAAAAUUAAA